AUGCCAAGAAAAAGAAAGCUUUUGGCUCAAUUAAGUGCUCUCCAAAGCAAUCCCAGCUUCCCUCCUUUUGAUGCCUUGGAGAACCUCAACGCUACGCCUGAUGGGAAUUCUUCUCCAAAAAGCAGCAAAUAUUUUGCAAUAGAGAAAAAAAGUGCUUCCCAGCUAGAAGCAGAUUUUUUCAACCAGCCCUGUAUUAGUCUGGCCAGGUCCUUUCUGGGACAGAUUUUAGUUCGCAAGCUUCCUGAUGGCAGAGAACUCUGGGGUAGGAUUGUUGAAACCGAAGCUUAUCUGGGCGGGGAAGAUGAAGCUUCCCACUCGAAAGGCGGGAAGCAGACUCAGCGAAACGCGGCAAUGUUCAUGAAACCAGGAACUCUGUACGUGUAUCAGAUCUACGGGAUUUAUUUCUGCGUGAAUGUUUCCAGCCAAG